AUGGUUUUAUGUAAACAUAUCGAUGCGUUGACAUUAGAAUCUGAGAUUUUAAAAUCUACUCCACAAGCUCAAUUGCAAAAAGAACAAUUCAUUGAUGCUUAUGAUUCACAUACAAAUAUUCCAAAAUAUGAGAUUCCACUGGAAUCAGCUAGUUCAGAAUUGAUCUACAAGUACCUUUCUCAAGAAUUGUCUCUUGAUGGUAAUCCUACUUUGAACUUAGCAUCAUUUGUCAACACUUAUGCUGAUGAUUCAUCAAUGAGAUUGAUCAAAGAUAAUUUGACCAAGAAUUUGGCUGAUAAUGAUGAAUAUCCAAGUUUAAUUGAUGUUGAAACAAGAUGUAUCACCAUCUUGAGUAACUUGUGGCACGCCCCACAUAAAGUUGACCCAGCUACUGGUAACAAGAUCACCAACUCAAUUGGGACCGCCACUACUGGUUCUUCUGAAGCUAUCAUGUUGGCAGGUUUGGCAUUGAAGAAGAGAUGGCAAUUGAAAAGAAAAGCCGAAGGUAAAUCAACUGAGAACCCAAACAUUUUAAUGGCCACCUGUGCUCAAGUUGCAUUGGAAAAAUUUGCAACUUAUUUUGACGUUGAAAAUAGAUUGAUUCCAAUCACUUCUGAAUCUGGACAUUUAAUUGAUGUUAGUAAGAUUAAAGAAAACAUUGAUGAGAAUACCAUUGGUAUUUUUGUUAUUGUUGGAUCUACAUUUACUGGAGCAUUCGAACCAGUUGAAGAAAUUGCAAAUUUAUUAGAUGAGGUUGAAAAAGAAUCAGGUUUAAAUAUUAGAAUUCAUAUUGAUGGAGCAUCUGGUGGAUUUGUAGCACCUUUUAUUUUCCCACAUUUAAAAUGGGAUUUUGCUAAUCCUAGAGUUGAUUCAAUAAGUACAUCUGGUCAUAAAUUUGGAUUAACUACAGUUGGUUUAGGUUGGGUAAUUUGGAAAGAUUCUGAUUUAUUACCUAAGGAAUUACGUUUCAGUUUAGAUUAUUUGGGUGGUGUUGAAGAAACUUUUGGUUUGAAUUUCUCAAGACCUGGAUUCCCAGUUAUUACUCAAUAUUAUAAUUUCUUAACUUUGGGCAGACAAGGUUAUGCUGAAAUUUUCAAUAGUUGUAUGACUAAUGCAAGAGUUUUAGCUGGGUUUUAUGAAGCUACUGGAUAUUUUGAAGUCCUUUCAGUUAUUCAUCAUAAAUUGUCUGACUCAGAAAAGAAGAAAAUUUAUACUAGAAAAGUUGAUGAAACUGAUGAAAAAUUAGAUUGUAAUAUUUAUACAAUAAAUGAGGAUUAUCAACCAGGGUUACCAGUUGUUGCAUUUAGAUUUUCAAAAGCUAUUAGGGAUAAAUAUCCUGAAUUACCACAAGAAUUAUUUUCUUCAAUCAUGAGAAAGAAAGGUUAUAUCAUUCCAAAUUAUCAUUUACCACCAAAUGAAAACGAUACUGAAUUAUUAAGAGUUGUGGUUAGAAAUACUUUAUCUUUGAAUUUAUUAGAAAGAUUAAUUAAAGAUUCAACUGAUGUAGCUGAAUUAUUAUUUAAAGCUGCUGAUUCAGUUAAUGCUAUUGCAUCAAAGAAAAACCUCGAAACCGAAGAUGAAAAGAGAGAAGAAAUCCAUCGCCUUUUGGCUAUCAUUUCAUCCGCAGGCGAUGUUGAAAUCAGAAAGAAGCAAAAGGAAGAAAAACACACUGAUUGUGGAAAGGAUAAAAAAUCAUAUAGAGGUACUUGUUAA